CGGGGAGGGGCGGAGGGUGGGGAGGAGAGCGCCUGCGCGCUGCGCGGUCUUUUUCCACCCUCACGUGUCGUGCAGACUGGACUGUGGGUCUCGUUGCUGUCGCGCGGCAGCGGAGUGCUUAACUGCGGCAGUCGCAGUCAUGGCAGGACAGGCAUUUAGAAAGUUUCUUCCCCUCUUUGACCGAGUACUAGUUGAAAGGAGUGCAGCUGAAACUGUAACCAAGGGAGGCAUAAUGCUUCCAGAAAAAUCUCAAGGAAAAGUGUUGCAAGCGACCGUAGUAGCUGUUGGAUCGGGCUCCAAAGGAAAGGAUUUCUAUAAUUGGCCUGAUGAAUCCUUUGAUGAAAUGGACAGCACACUAGCUGUUCAGCAGUAUAUUCAACAGAACAUAAGAGCAGAUUGUUCUAAUAUUGAUAAAAUUCUUGAACCACCUGAAGGCCAAGAUGAAGGUGUAUGGAAGUAUGAACACUUAAGGCAAUUCUGUCUUGAGCUAAAUGGACUUGCUGUCAAACUUCAGAGUGAAUGCCAUCCAGAUACAUGUACUCAGAUGACAGCAACUGAACAAUGGAUUUUCCUUUGUGCAGCUCAUAAAACUCCAAAAGAGUGUCCUGCUAUAGACUAUACUAGACAUACACUUGAUGGUGCCGCAUGUCUUCUGAAUAGCAAUAAAUAUUUUCCCAGCAGGGUUAGCAUAAAAGAAUCAUCUGUAGCAAAACUAGGAUCAGUAUGCCGUAGGAUUUACAGAAUAUUUUCACAUGCUUAUUUUCAUCACCGGCAGAUAUUUGAUGAAUAUGAAAAUGAAACAUUUUUGUGUCAUCGGUUUACUAAAUUUGUGAUGAAAUAUAACUUGAUGUCCAAGGAUAACCUGAUUGUACCAAUUUUAGAAGAGGAAGUUCAGAAUUCAGUUUCUGGGGAAAGUGAAGCAUGAAGGGAAUCAUAGAAAAAAAUGUACUGAUUACAUAAUUAACAAUUAUGUACUGUAUAUAUAUCAUUUUAGACACAUCAAUCAUGUAUCCAUAUUACAGCUUUUUUGUUUAGUAUAGGUUUUUGUAUGCUGAGUGUUGCCUUUUAAAAUGGGAAAUACUUUUUAAGUUAUUCAUGAGCUGUAUAUUCACCAGUGUGGCACUCAUGUUUUUAAAUAAGAUUAGUAUUAUCUGUUUAUAAUGCCUGUUAAUAAAAGAAUUUACAGUUUGGUAAAA